AUGAAUGAAGUGGGUGAUACCCAGUUUCCUAACCAAGGUCUUGGAGGUACACAAGUACCUGGUGAAGGUCUUGAAGGAAAAAAAGUAACUGGUCAAGAUGGAGGCACAAAAAGAGUUGUAGAAAACAUGACUAACAAACCUAUUAAAGGAAAUCAUAAAAGAAAACCAAUCGGAGGGGCUGUGAAACUAGCUGGUCAGAUAGAAACCUUGAUAUCUGAAUCUCAUAAGGCAUUGGAAAUAAUGCAAUUUGAUGGAAAUGCAACUAAAGAAGUUAAUGGUAGUUAUACAAUUUCUACAACAAUGACUGUUAUAAAUCAUAUGAUUAUCGAUGGUGUUUUAGAAAAGAGUAGUGGGUUGUGGUGCUUUGGAGGCUGUUAG